AAGCCCUCACUUAGAGGAGAACCCACCAAACAAAAUAUUACAAAAUUUCAGAGAGAGCGGAGGGAGAAGGAGAGCUCCAUUUACUCACUCAUAUCUCUCUCUCUCUCUCUAUCUAUCUAUCUAUUGUUUCCCACUUAGAAAUACAGAUAGAAAAGAAGAUUGUGUUGUGGCACCUAAUAAGCUAUGUGUAACCCAAAACCAACCUCUCCUAAUAAUUCCUCAUUUCUCCCUCCUAACUACAAAACCAACUUCAUGAAUGCUCAAACUCCCAACAAAAACUUGGACAACAACAAUAAUCAUCUCCUCAAACCUGUUGCUGAUGAUGAUCAACUGGCUCAACUCCAUAGACUCCCCACUCUUUCUGAGGCCGUGGAAGAAGUGAAGGAAAUAGGGAAGAUUUCAGGUCCAACCGCCAUAACCGGGCUUCUUCUGUACUCGAGAGCCAUGAUCUCCAUGCUUUUUCUUGGCUACCUUGGGGAGCUUGAACUUGCAGGCGGCUCCCUCUCUAUUGGCUUUGCUAACAUCACUGGCUACUCUGUUCUCUCUGGAUUGGCCAUGGGAAUGGAACCCAUUUGUGGGCAAGCUUAUGGAGCUAAACAAUGGAAAAUCCUUGGUAUAACCCUCCAAAGAACUGUCCUCCUACUCCUCACUUCCUCUGUUCCCAUCUCCUUCAUGUGGCUCAACAUGAAACGAAUCCUCUUGUGGUGUGGCCAAGACCAAGAAAUCUCCUCCAUGGCCCAAACUUUCAUCCUCUUCUCAAUCCCGGACCUCAUUUUCCUCUCCCUCCUUCACCCACUUCGAAUUUACUUGAGAACUCAGAGCAUUACCCUCCCAUUGACUUAUUGCUCUGCUCUCUCUGUUCUGCUCCACAUUCCCCUGAAUUUCCUCCUUGUUGUUCAUCUCAAAUUGGGUAUCUCCGGAGUGGCCAUUGCCAUGGUGUGGUUCAAUUUCAACGUCUUCUUGUUUCUUGCGUCGUUCGUUUACUUCUCCGGGGUUUACAAGGAUUCUUGGGUUUCCCCGAGCGUGGAUUGCCUCCAUGGAUGGGCUCCUCUGCUUUCUCUGGCGAUCCCCACUUGCGUCUCUGUUUGCCUCGAAUGGUGGUGGUACGAGUUCAUGAUUCUGCUCUGUGGCCUCCUCGUAAACCCCAAAGCCACAAUCGCUUCAAUGGGGAUUUUAAUUCAAACAACUUCUCUGUGGAAUUGA